AUGAUCAACGUCAACGUUGCCUUGCAGAGGCGGGGCCCAGGUUAUAUGAAGGACAAUAAGAGAGCGUGCCGUGGAAUCCGGCUAUAUCGCGCUGCCAUUAUGAAUUCACGUCUGAUUGCUACUACCUGGAAGGGGAUGGGGGGAAGAGAGAGGGGGUUAGGAUAUAUCGGAUGCCGAGUAAUCGUGGGACACUAUUGA